CAACAUAAACCCUUACGACUUCACUACUCAAAAAGCAAAGUCCGCCAUUGCCGAGACUCGAGAGCUCCUUUUAACUAUUAGCGAAUUCGUCCUUCAUUGUCCCGUCAAAAAGACCAAUGAGACCUCCGAGAGGCGGUGGUGGUUUUAGGGGAGGCCGUGGAGACCGUGGCGGCCGCGGAGGUGGGGACCGCGGUGGCCGUGGUUUCCGCGGAGGUCGCGGCGGUGGCCGCGGUUUCGGCGGUGGGUUUCGUGAUGAGGGUCCUCCCGAGCAAGUCAUAGAGGUAUCGGAAUUUCUUCAUGCAUGUGAGGGUGAUGCAGUCACAAAGGCUUUGACUGACAAGAAAGUACCCUUCUUUAAUGCACCUAUCUAUUUGCAGAACAAGACCCAGAUAGGGAAAGUUGAUGAAAUCUUUGGCCCCAUCAAUGAGUUUCAUUUUUCGAUUAAAAUGAUGGAAGGCAUUGUGGCAACUUCUUAUUCAGCCGGUGAUAAGUUCUUCAUUGACCCAGCUAAGCUUUUGCCGUUGGAAAGAUUUCUUACACAGCCAAAGGGACAGGGUGCUCGAGGUGGAGGCCGAGGAGGAGGCCGAGGGGGAGGUAGAGGUGGUGGCCGAGAUGGUGGCUUUCGUGGAAGAGGAGGUCCACGUGGAGGCAGAGGCGGCCCACCCAGAGGUGGUGGCCGUCGUGGUGGCUUUAGGGGUAGAGGGAGAUUUUAGAAUAUGUAAUAUUUUUACUGCUCUUCUCCUUUUCUGUUAUUACUUUUGGAUGCAUAGGCCUCACAACGAUGGACAAUCAGUUUCAAUAUUGACAUUUUCUUUUUAAUUGAGUGAUUAGUCUCACUGCAUAUUGUAAUUUUGACCCAGCAGCAAUGUGGACGUACAAUGGUUUUGGGUUCUUUUUUAAUUCUCAUUCUAAAUUUAUAGUACUCGUCUUGAAGA